AUGGCCUUUGAUCGAGCAUCAUUAAGCCUCACAAGCCUCCCCAAUGAGCUUCUUUACAUGAUCACUAACGAUUUGGAUAUAGCAUCUGCCAGCAAACUGUCAAGAACAUGCAUAUCUUUCCACCAGGCCCUCAAGGAGCACAUAGAAGGGGAAAUGGCCAGGCAAGAUGCACUUCCACUGCAGCAAGAUUACGACCUGAUACAGCAGAAGCUCUCAUGUGGCAAGAACAUUGACAAACAGAUGAGUCCCGAGAAUAUCCCAGAAGAGAACAUGGCAUGGGCUGUCAAACGGGGCCGAGUUGAUAUCCUCCAGAGGUACCUCACAGCAGGCGUGGAUCCUAACUCCUACACGUUAUCUGGAAAGCCCAUGGUAUCGUAUGCAGCGUGCGAGGGGCAGGUCGAGUCCGCGAGAAUCUUACUACACUAUGGCGCUGACCCGUGCUUGCGCAAUCGGUGUGGGGUACAGACACCGCUAGGCUACGCAGUUUGUGGGAAGUUUGAUAAGUCCAGGCGAGUCGCCAUGAUAGAGCUCCUGCUGCGUGCCGGUGCGAAGAUCACCUCCCUCGAACACUUCAGGCUGAUUUGCUAUAUCCCUGAAGAUCCCGAGCCUCUUGUUCGGCUGGCUGUCAGGAGUGGGAGGGAAUUUCUGGCGUUGAGGGAUAGAUGUGGUCAGACCGUGCUGCAUAAGGUAGUCAGGUACAGCGCAGGCUUGACAGCUUUGAUUUUAGAGGCCGCACCUGAACUUUUGCACGAGCGGACAUCUGACGGCAAGACGGCUCUCCAUGUCGCCGUUGAGCACGGGUAUGAAGCGGCUGCCAGAUACUUGAUUGCACGGAAUGAGAUCACGAAUGAGGUAGACUCGCAUGGACAGACGGCGCUCCAUAUUGCGGUGAGUAGGGAUGUGACGACAGUCAAGCUUUUCACUAGCUGUCCGAACAUCGAGCUCAAUAGGUUGUCAGGGUCCCACCAAACACCGCUGGCUUUGGCCAUAAGCUACCAUUUAACAUAUGGCUGUUACUUCGACAUAAUUGACAAUUUGCUGAGAAGUCCUAGGAUUCAUAUCGAUCCAGAUGCUGUGCGGGCUAUCAAGCAUAUUUCUCGGCGUAAGUCGUCAUUCUGGACCUCUGGAGACGUUCUAUUUCUCCUUAGGUUUGUAUGGGUUUAUGCGAAGCAGGAGGGUUACUUUUCUCACUUCAAGAUCUGUCAGGCACUGGUCCUUGCUCUUUUGACAUCCCCCAUUUGGUUUGCUUACUGUCCUUUCAUUGUUGAUUUGAUUGGAGUUGGUUUCGGCGUGUAA